GCCUCUGUUUUCGUGUCUGUACAGAUCUCUCUCUCUCUCCUCUCAAGAUUCCACUCUUUCUCUCUCUAGACAGUAAAAAAAACCUCAAAACCCUCUGUUCGAGAAUGGGGAUUUCUUACCAGCCAUCGUUUUCUCCAGAACCCCCAGGUUCUGCGAAGUUGCAUGUGAAAGUUUGGUGAGAAAGGGAAGAGAUCUGUGAUCGCUUUCAAAAUGUUGCCGUUCUUUUUUGGCCCUUUUCGUGGUCUCCUUCUCUCUUCUCCCUGUGGAUGAGAUUUACUAACCCAACUCCCCACUUUGCCUUUUUCGCUCCUCUUAAUCGAACUCUGAAGUUUUCUUGCCAUCUUUUCAUCGGAAAGCUCUCAUCUUUCGUGACUAAGAGGCAGAGUUUUGAGGUUUCGGCUUCUGGGUUUGCUCUUUGAUUCGCAGUUUCUGUAAACAUUUGGUUUCAAUUCGAAGCAGAUGAGCAGUUUUCUCGGGCGAUUGAGAAGCUUCCUUAAGCUCGCAGAGCGUGAAAAAUUCCAUUUCUGUUCAUAAGGGUUCUCGAAUUUCUCCGAUUUUCCGAUUAAUUUGAUAACUUUUUUGGAGCAGCUCUUCAGAUUCGUGUUGGGCAUAAUUGUCUGUUAGCUUCUGGCUCUUGAGGUAAGAUAUAAAGAGGUCAAUUUUGUGUUCUGUGGAUCCUGGGGAAUUAGGGUUACAGUCGAAGGAGUAAAAGUAUUGCAGAUUUGGAAAGGUUUUAGGAGGAUUCGAGCAGAGAUUUCCGGAGGAAAAUGAUAUACGAUUCGAUUCGGAUCCUUUAUAGAAACUCAUACAGGAUUCCGGGGGAGGAGGCAAGAGGGAGAGUGUGGUGAUAAUGACAAGGGCUGGUCGGAAUCGGAUUCUGAAGGAUUCAAAUGGAGACAUUGGCGAUCAUCUUCGAAACCACAUCCAUUUGACCAACUGCAUUCACUUGAAAAACCAUAUGCAUAAGCAGAGUCCGGCUUUGGCCGAUCGUGCUCUUAUGAGGGACCUCAUCGUUCUUCAGAGAUCGCGCUCGCUUAGGGAUCCCUCUGCAAGUCCUCCUGCUUGGCAUUCCCCUUCUGUCGUCGAUUUGCUUCCCAAGAAAGGGGACAGUAAGGAUUUGGGGAUCCGAGAGGGAAGAAGAUCCGUUGACCAGAGUGUCGGGAGGAAGUCCAGUCGUAGGUUGUCGGGUUUGGGCAGUUCUCCGCCUGUUGUGAACUUUGGAACAUCCAAAGUGACUCCCUCUGAAGAAGGGUUUGAUGGGACUGGCCCAGUUAACGAGCCGAGUAGCGAGAGUGGAGUUAGGGAAGGUAGUAGAAGAGUGAAGAGGGAGGAAUCGAGUAGGAAGAGUUACAGAGUUGAGGAUUCAUUGCUGAAAGAUCAGAACUUGAACGAUUUCCAUGGUGUUGCUGCUUCCGGGAACUCGGGAUCGAAGGAUAGAGGAAGCAAAACUAGUGGAAGGGUUAGUAGGCACGACCAUGGUCAAGUCAAGACUCUCUCGGACCAGUUGAACCAGGUUCGGGGUGACAGUGAUGAUGAUGAUGUCGUGGUCUCGUCGAAUGUUCGUCCACGUGUUAGAUAUGGAGGAGACGGGACUAAUCGUGGCUGCUCGGGUGGAGCAACUCGGUCUAAAAGGCGGAAAUUUCGAGGGACGAGGAGAGGUCGGAAUGCCAUUACCGACAAUGUGGGUAAGAGCGAGAUGUCUGUUGCUUCGAACCAACUGUCUCGAGGUUCAGGCCGGGAGAAGUACGAGAUGGAAAACGAGGAAGGAGAGGAAUAUGGAGAGCAGAAGAACAUGGCUAGGGCUCCUCAAAAGGGUUGCGGAAUUCCGUUUAAUUGGUCAAGGAUUCAUCACAGGGGGAAAACAUUUCUCGAUAUGGCUGGUCGGAGUUUCUCUUGUGGUAUGUCUGAUUCAAGAAUGAGGAAAGGUGAGUCCAAUGCCGAUAUGCCGAUGAUGCAUUCCGAUGACACGAGCUCCUUCACCAAGUCUGAUGCCGAUGAGGCUCUGCCUCUUCUUGUCGAUAGCGCUGAUAAUGACGGUUGGGUUCAUGACUAUUCGGGUGAGUUGGGGAUUUUCGCCGACAAUCUUCUCAAGAAAUACGAUUCCGACCUUUCUUCAGAAGCAAGGUCUGGCGAGCAAAGGAAAAACAGCCGUAGAAACGCUCGGCAGCACCACCAUAGUCUCACGCAAAAGUACAUGCCGAGAACCUUCCGGGAUCUCGUGGGACAGAAUCUGGUGGUACAAGCUCUUUCCAAUGCAGUUUCGAGGCGGAAGGUCGGCCUUUUAUAUGUAUUCCAUGGCCCACACGGGACGGGGAAGACUUCUUGUGCUCGGAUACUCGCUAAGGCUUUGAACUGUCAGUCUUCAGAACAUCCUAAGCCUUGCUGUUUCUGCAGUUCUUGUGUUUCCCAUGAUUCGGGUAAGAGCCGAAACAUUCGGGAAGUAGGUCCUGUCGGGAAUUUCGACUUCGAGGGUAUCAUGGAUUUGCUCGAUAAUAUGACAAUCUCCCAUCUACCUAUGCAGUACCGGGUUUUCAUAUUCGACGAUUGCGAUACCCUUUCACCCGAUUGCUGGAGUGCGGUCUCCAAAGUCGUGGACCGGGCUCCUCGAUCCGUGGUUUUUAUCCUCGUGUGUUCGAGUCUCGAUGUUUUGCCACACAUGAUCAUUUCAAGGUGCCAGAAAUUCUUUUUCCCCAAACUGAAGGAUGCCGAUAUUAUCAACACCUUGCAAUGGAUCGCAUCAAAGGAAGGCGUUGAGAUCGAGAAAGACGCUCUAAAACUCAUCGCUUCGAGAUCAGACGGGUCGUUAAGGGAUGCAGAGAUGACUCUCGAACAACUGAGUUUGCUCGGUCAGAGGAUCUCUGUCCCUUUGGUUCAAGAAUUGGCCGGACUCAUUUCCGACGAGAAAUUAGUGGAUCUUCUCGAUUUAGCUCUAUCCGCUGAUACAGUAAACACCGUGAAGAACCUCAGAAUAAUAAUGGAAACCGGUGUGGAACCCUUGGCUUUAAUGUCACAGCUUGCAACCAUCAUUACCGAUAUUCUCGCGGGUAGCUAUGAUUUCGCUAAAGAUCGACACAGAAGGAAAUUCUUCCGCCGACAGCCACUGUCGAAAGAAGAUAUGGAGAAACUGAGGCAAGCCCUGAAGACGUUAUCCGAAGCAGAAAAGCAACUUAGAGUGUCGAACGAUAAACCAACAUGGUUGACGGCUGCAUUGCUUCAGCUGGCUCCCGAUCCGCAGUACUUGCUACCUACUUCUCCUUCAGAUACUGGCCUUAACCGUAGUAGCCCGUUAGCCCUAGAUUUUAUGGGAAGGAGAGAGGCUUCUGAUCAUCGUCUGGGUCCAUCGGGUGACGCUACCGGGAAAAGUUUCGGUAUUGAUAGAAGACGAGACACGGGUUCUGGAGGGUUGGGACCGAUUCGUGAAUCUGUUGGCACCAAAGUUAGACAAAGUUCAGGCGGUAAAAACCGACCGGCGGUUGAAGAAAUUUGGUUAGAGGUCAUCGAGAAGAUUCAAGUUAACGGUUUGAGAGAGUUUCUUUACAAAGAAGGAAAGAUCGUCUCUGUCAGUCUCGGCGCAGCUCCUACAGUGCAAUUAACGUUCAGCUCGCCAUUGACGAAGUCAACUGCAGAGAAAUUCCGAGGCCAUAUCUUGCAGGCGUUCGAGGCGGUUCUUGGAUCUCCGGUCACAAUAGAGAUCAGGAACGAGGCGAGGAAAGAAUCGAGAACCAACGGGUCUGACCGGAAACCACUGAGCCUACCACCGCCGGUCAAAGAUGGCCAAGAUUUCAAGAGUGGAAGAAGCGAGAUCGUGGAAGUGGCCGAGUCACCGGGACAAGGCCGAAGCCAGAGGGAGAAUACACGGGUGGCGACCUCAUCGUGUGCGACGACGAGAGCGAGGAGGAGACACUUGGAAGCGAGCCAGAGCAUAGUGAGGGGGAAGGUGUCGCUGGCUAACGUGAUUCAGCGGGCCGAGGGGUGCACCCGACAGAACGGCGGCUGGUCUAAACGCAAUGCCAUGUCCAUCGCUGAGAAGCUCGAACAAGAGAAUCUGAGACUGGAACCAAGAUCGAGAAGCUUGCUGUGUUGGAAAGCUUCAAGAGCCACCCGUCGCAAGAUAUCGAGGUUGAAGGUGAGAAGAAGAAGAAGGGCACAGACAAAUGCGUUGAUGAAGCUGGUCUCAUGUGGACAAUGUCUGUCGACGAGUUCCACGGUUUCUAGAUGAAAGCUUCUCUGUCUGCAUCGCACUCACACGCUGCUUUUGUCUUUCAACAGAAUCGUAGUGUUAUAUAUAUAUGUCAUUGGUGUAGGUUCGAACUCUAUUCAUUUCUGGGUUUAGGCUUAAAUUAAAGCAAACCUUCUUCUCCACAAACAGAAGAUUGACCGAAUUUA